AUGGGUCAGGACAAUGGUAUCGUCUUGACCGAAAGGUCCAAGCCGGCGGAUGACGACUAUUCCUCGGCGAAGCAGGGCACGAUUCAGGAUAAGGAGGAUAUGCGUCGUGUUGGACGAGACCAGGAGCUAAAUAGAAAUUUCCGAUUCUUAUCGGUCCUCGGAUUCACCGCAGUGUUGAUGUGUACUUGGGAAGCUGUUCUCUUUGGAGCAUCAUAUGGCUUGACAGAUGGUGGCAAGGGCGGAAUGAUCUACACUUACCUUGGAGCACUUGCUGGCUUUAGUUUUGUCAUUCUCUCCAUGGCGGAGAUGGCUUCAAUGGCUCCAACAUCCGGUGGUCAAUAUCACUGGGUCUCCGAAUUUGCACCUCCUAGCUCGCAAGCAUUGCUGAGUUACAUCACCGGAUGGAUCUGUGUCCUCGGUUGGCACACUGGUAUUGCCGGAUGCUGCUAUACCGUGGCCAACAUGAUGGUGGGAGUGAUUGCCAUCAACUAUCCCGAGACCUAUGUCUAUCAGCCGUGGCAUGUGACGCUUCUCGUCAUCGCGGUGGCCGUUGUGGCUUUGCUGUUCAACACGUUCCUGGCGCAGAAGCUCCCCCUGAUCGAGGGAAUCAUCUUGAUUGUGCACUGCUUCGGGUUCUUCGGCAUCUUGAUCCCUCUGUGGGUGCUGUCUCCCAAGGUCCCUGCUGCUGAUGUCUUUGGUUCCAUCGAGGAUCGGGGUGGUUGGGGAAACAAUGGUCUUGCCUGCUUGGUUGGAUUGACCGGUCCUAUUUAUGCCUUGAUUGGCCCCGACUCGGCUGUUCACAUGGCGGAGGAAAUCCGUGAUGCCUCCCGUGUGCUUCCCCGAGGCAUGGUCUGGACUUUGAUCCUAAACGGCUCCACCGGUCUUGUCAUGAUCAUCACCAUGGCCUUCUGUGUGGGAGACAUCGACACGGUGCUGUCCACACAGACCGGCUUCGCUUUCAUUCAGGUCUUCCUCAAUGCCACCGGAUCAGUCAGUGCCGCCACGGGAAUGACCUGCGUGAUCAUGAUCAUGCAGUUUUGCGCAGCGAUCAGUAAUGUCGCGACGACAUCUCGUCAAGUCUACUCCUUUGCCCGAGACAACGGCCUGCCAUUCUCGAGCUUCUUUGCACAGGUCAACCCAACAUUCACCGUCCCCCUCAACGCCCUCUGCGUCAGCCUGGUGAUCGUCUCCCCCCUCGCCCUCAUCAACAUCGGCUCCGCCAUCGCCUUCAACGCCAUCAUGUCCCUUGGUACCGCGGCCCUCCUUUCCUCCUACAUCAUCUCCAUCACCUGUGUGCGCCUCCGCCGCUGGCGUAAUCAACCCCUGCCCCCCGCCCGCUGGAGCAUGGGCAAAUUCACCCCGAUCUGCGAUACCAUCUCCAUCAUGGUUCUCAGCAUCGUCUUGACAUUCAGCUUCUUCCCGUUGACCAAGGAAGUCGACCCGACGACUAUGAAUUGGGGCAUCGUCAUCUUUGGCGGUGUGGUCAUCGUCUCCCUGUCUUAUUACGUGUUGAGGGCAAGACAUGUGUACAAGGGCCCGGUGACGAGGGUGAAGAUGACGAGUUAUCAGUGA